UUUUAGAAAUCUGAUUUUAAAGAAGUAAGAAUAGCAGAUGGCACUGUUCGUGGGAAAUUAAUAGUUACACAAGCAAAAACCGAUUUUUAUGCUUUUGAAGAUAUUCCUUAUGCUCAACCACCUAUUGGAGAACUAAGAUUAAAGGAAGCUUUGCCAGCUCUACCAUGGAAAGGAGUAUUAGAUACCACAGAAAAUUUAAAAAUAUGUUAUCAGUUUAAUCAGAAACAAUUUGAUCCUAGGGAAAACGAAGACUGUCUUGUUUUGAAUGUAUAUUCUACAGCGGAUCAAAGUGAUGACGAAUUACUUCCCGUAUUCGUCUGGAUGCAUGGAGGAGGAUUUUCAGUUUCGUCUGGAGCUAUAAAUACGUUUGGUCCCCAUUAUUUUAUGGACAAAAACAUUGUAGUUGUAACCGUCAACUUCAGACAAGGGGCUCUAGGGUUCUUAAGUACAGACGAUGAUGUAAUACCUAGAAAUCUUGGACUUAAAGAUCAAAAUCUAGCACUGAAAUGGGUACAAAAAAAUAUAGCGAGUUUUGGAGGUGACCCAUCGAAAGUAACUAUAGGUGGUCAAGAGUCGGGAGCAGCUUCAGUUGGAUAUCAUGUAUUUAAUAAAAAAUCACAAGGUUUAUUUAGAGCAGCCAUUAUGCAAAGUGGCUCUCCUUUAUCAUGCUGGGCUCUCCAAAAGAAUGCCAAACAUUUUGCUCAGUCUUUAGGCAAGGCUUUAACACCUAAUAACCAGAAUGACCUUACAUCGCAGGAGAUUCUGAAUAUAAUUAAAACAGCAGAUUUAGAACAGUUAAAAGCAGAAACUAUUAAACUUCAGAUUGCGAGAAGUUGGCGUCCAGACUUCUCCAACUGUCUUCCAAUGACCUCGUAUCCUAUGAGUCCUGUAGAAGAGGAAGAAAAUGAUGAAAAUGCUUUUGUGACGGGUAUGAACCACGAGAAAUUGAAAAACGGAGAUAUAACUCGAGUGCCCACUUUGAUGGGUUUUAAUUCGGAAGAAAUGUUAAUUUAUAAUGUAUCUAAGCUACUGGUUCAAACUAAUUUGGUAGACUCGAAUGAUAGUCUUGCCGUUGCUGCAAACUUGGAGAUGACAGAUGUAAAUAGAAAAGAAGCUGGAAAGGAAUUAAAAAAAUUAUAUACUAACUCUACAUUUGCUUCAACUCCAUUAGGUUCCAUUAGUUUCCUGAGUGACGGUUUAUUUAGCACACCAAUCGCCAAGCAUGCUCUUUUGCAAUCUCAAUACACAGACGUUUAUUUAUACCAAUUCUCGUACGUUGGAGUCUUGGGAAGAUAUGAAUAUACUGAUCUUGAAGGUUCCACUUAUGUUGGAAGCAAAGAAGAAUUGGGAUAUUUUUGGCAUAAUACAACAGCUGAUAACCUGGACCAAUUUCCUAAAGAAGAUAUUUUAACUCAUGAACGGGUUAUGGACUUGUGGUCACAAUUUAUUAAACAUUUGAAUCCUACUGCUGAUAAAUCUGAAGUACUAGGAGAUUUAAAAUGGCCGAAAGUUGCUGGGGAAGACUUAGUAUACUUAGAUAUUAAUUCAGAAUUAUCUGUAAAGAAAGGACCAAAAAAGUAUUCUGACUGGAAUAGAAUUUAUUCAAAAUAUGGAACAGGAAAGUUUGAUACAUAUUAAAAGUAGUAUGUGCCUAUUUAAUUAAUAAAAACGUACUAUAAAAAAUUAAAAACUUUUAUUUUCAUUACAUAGUAAAAAAGUAAACAAAAAGAUAAUACGCCUUAAAAUUCACUUCCUCUUAUGAGUCCAAUUAUCCUGGUGACAAUUGGGUAUUCAUAUUCAUCGCGAUAACUUAAGUCGGAGGAGGGAGUAGUACAAUAAAUAGAAAGUUCUACAAGUGGUGCCAGAUUUAGUUUGUAUGGCGAACACCUCCUAGCUGUGCAUAUCAGACACCAAAUUACCAAAAAUUGACUAAUUUCUAAAUAAAUAGUCAAAAUAAAUCAACUUAUUGGUAAAAAGAAAAUAAAACUAGCAGAAUUCAAUUGGAUGUAUUUUUAGUAGACAAGGUAGAUAGACCUUUUGGUGACUUUCAAAUUGUGACGGUUCUUGUUUGACAUAGGUUGAACUCAUCUCUUCAGUAACUUCGGUGGCUAAAGAAACGGUUAUUAACCAGCUAGCACAUAAAUUUCAUAAAUGUCGGGAUCUUCAAACUCAUAUAUUAUGUACUUUUAAUUUAACCCUUACAUCCAUCUCUGGGAGAAAAAUCUACAGUUAACUAAGUGUAAAAAGAAACACUGGAUAAUAACUGAAAUCUACAUAGUGGAAAUAACUAUAGCUAGCAUUAAAUGAGAACUAUAGUUAAAUAUAAGUCAUAAAAAUUAAUGACGUCACAACCCAACAGGUGUUCUUUACAACGAACA